CCCUGUUAAUGCCUCCAGGAGAAUUCCAACCCAAAUUGCCCAAAUCCCCCAUUUCUCUUUCUCUCAUUAUUGUCCAUUAAAAAAUUGUUAACAAUUUGGAUUUGGAGUUAGAUAUAUAUAUAUAUAUAUAUAUAUAUGUACAUAUCUAGUAGUUAGAAGAGAGAGAAAGCCCUAAUGGCGGAGGCGGAGAAAGUAGGGGCCGGCGUGAAGGAGGAGGAGGAGGAAGAACAGAAGUUUUUGGAAGGUGUGACAGUGUUGGAUUUUGAUAUGCUGUGCUCUACGGUGGCUUCUCAGACCCAAGGCAAAUGGAGGAAUUUAGAUACUCUUCAUCAUGAUGAAUCUCAAGAUGGUGUUGUUGGUGCUGAAUUUGGAGGUGUUCUUCGGAUGUGGGAAGGUGAAGUUGUCAAUUGCUUCGACGACCGCCGCAUCGCUCUCCAAUCCGUUUGUUGUCCAUGCUAUCGAUUUGGGAAGAACAUGGGGCGGGCUGGUUUUGGUUCUUGUUUUGUUCAGGGAAUUGUAUAUUUCAUUCUUGCUGCUACGGCACUUCUCAGCUGCAUAGCCUUUAUUGUGACUAAGAGAAAUUGCUUUCUGUAUUUGGCCGUUGUUUUCUCCAUCUCAGUUGGAACAUAUCUGGGAUUUUACCGUACACAGAUCAGGAAAAAGUUUAACAUCAGUGGUAGUGAUGGGUCAUUGGAUGAUUGUAUCUACCAUCUAAUAUGCCCUUGCUGCACAUUAUGUCAGGAAUCUAGAACAUUGGAGAUGAACAAUGUUCAAGAUGGAACCUGGCAUGGUCGGGGUGACACAAUAUGCAUAGGACGCUAUGGUGAAGGCAACAAAGCAUUCUUUGAGCUACAACCACCGCCUAUAGUGUCAACCAAGUCUUCUGAUCCCCGCAGUCCGCAAAAAUGUAUAAAUGCCGCAGAUCACUCGUGGACUUCAGAAGUUGCGCAUUCUGCACCUCUGGUCCCACAAUCCCAAUAACAGUCGCAUUCCAAAUAAUGUUUGGAGUCUAAAGUUGAUUCAGAUUUUGGGGAUGGCUGUCCUGAGCAUAGGACAUCCAACAUCUGCUAUGUGGCCUUGAGAAUGCUGUCUCUUCUGGUUUUGGAAUGUUGACAUGUUCAAAAGAUUUGAUAAGAAUAUGUUUGCACUUGAAGGAAGAUGGAGCAAAAUUCAUGUAUUUAUUCGCGUGUGGGGGUGAUUGGAACAGCCUCUACAUCAACAUGUAUGUACACUCUAGUGUUGUGAUGAUAGAAGUGCAUCAUUGUUGUUGUGUUCAUUAGAAUUUUGAUUUAGGGUUUUCCGUCUAUUUUCAGUGAAUUGAGUCAAUAUGAUAACGUAGUGUUUGAUACUUCUGAAUUUGUAGCUUUAGCCCUUAAGUUGUCUGGAAAAAGUUCUGCUGAAGAUGCAUUGAUGAAGAAAUUCAAUUGUUGCCUUGUAUGAA